UAUCUAUUAUUUUGGCCCAAAACAGGACUUGAGACGGAUUCGAUAUAUCUAACAUAAGUGAUUGAAAACAUGAGUCUAGAAGCGAUUAAAUACACUCGCGGACAUCUACGAAUCUUAAAUCAACUACUGUUACCUAAUCAAGCAAUAUAUGAGCAGUUAAAUACCACGAAUGACGGAUGGCAAGCGAUCAAAGAAAUGAAGGUGCGAGGCGCGCCGGCCAUUGCCAUCGUCGGAUGUUUGAGCCUUGCAGUGGAGCUUUUUACUCAGCAUUUCGAUACAAUUGACAGUUUAAUUGUUUGGAUUGAAUCGAAACUGGAGUACCUCGUCACGGCAAGGCCGACUGCCGUCAAUAUGAAGACAGCUCGAGAUAAACUAACACAGUUUGUGAAAAUGGAUCGUUCAUUGACUGUAGAAGAAGUAAAAUUGAACUUUAUUGAUGAAGUUGAGCGCAUGGUUGCGAAAGAUAUUGCCGAUAACAAAGCAAUCGGUUGUUUCGGUUGCGAACACAUCUUGAAGAAUGUAACAGAAAAGGAUGUUGUCGUGCUAACACAUUGCAACACAGGAUCUCUGGCUACGGCAGGAUAUGGAACAGCUCUGGGUGUUGUACGAGCCCUACACCAUCAGGAUGUACUAAAACAUGUUUAUUGCACAGAGACACGACCUUACAACCAAGGCUCAAGGCUGACUGCAUAUGAAUUAGUUCAUGACUGCAUCCCAGCCACCUUAAUUGCAGACUCGAUGGCAGCAAUUACAUUGAAGGAAAGAAAUGUUUCGGUUGUUAUUGUUGGUGCCGACAGGAUCGCAGCAAAUGGUGACACAGCAAAUAAGAUUGGAACCUAUCAAUUGGCUAUUUCAGCCAAGCAUCACAAGGUGCCUUUCUAUGUAGCUGCUCCCUCUACAUCUGUGGAUCUUGAUUGCAUAACUGGAGACAACAUAAAGAUAGAAGAAAGACCCCCAAAGGAGCUUACCCAUCUUUUGGGCCACUCGAUUGCUGCCUUGGGCAUUCAAUGUUGGAACCCUGCAUUUGAUGUGACCCCUGCUCGACUAAUAACGGGGGGUAUAGUCACGGAGUAUGGUGUUUUCGAACCAUCACAAUUACAGCAUGAACUGAAGAAUAGAAUGUAACCUUUUAAAGUGGGGGUAGCUUGGGUUAGAUAGGGCAAUGUGGGUUGGGUGUGUAAAACAAGGUGAAACAGCACCGUGGGACUGUAUAGGAAAACAAACAUUACGUUUAUUCUAUUGAAUUUUUUGCGGAUGACCGCAAUCAGUAAUCUAGCGUUCUUAAACCAAGUAGCACAGCGAUGUGUAUGUAUAAUAUAUGGAUCAAUGCAAUCCAUAUUGAUGACGCCAUCGCCUAACUAGGUUUCCAGUGAUCACGUGUCAUCAUUAAUAUGCGAAUGUUCUCGCAUGAGGUUGCGUUCAUAUGCGUGCCUUUGAAGCCGUUUGCUUGACGAUUUGGCAGCUGACCUCUUGAAAAAAGAGCAGUGACCAUAUGUAGUUUGCGUUUAAGAGCAUUUCCCACCUAAUCUCUUCAAUCCUAUUUCGCGACAAUAACAGAUUAAAUUAGACAAUCUCGCGGACGAGUUGUUUAUAUAACUCGUGGAUUUUCACGGAUUUCGAAAGAAAACAAUGCAUCUGAUCGAGUUGUUUUGUAGCUUAUUUCAUUAUCAAGAUAACAAUGACUUGAUCAAUGUGUCAAAUAACACACAACAGGACUUUUUUUACUAAAAAGUACGGUGGUAUGUCGUGAUGAAUUUUCACACAUCUCGAGAAAAAAAACGUUAGCCCUGGCCAAGGAUUCGCCUACGGAGCAGCCCUACAAUGAAUAUCUAAAAUUGUUUCCCUACAAAGAGGACACACUGGCCUCGUCAAAUCCCUCUAUCAGCAACAGAUGUUUAAGUGACGUCACUGAAGUCCGGUCGCACUGUCGUCUGGGAUACCGAAGGUGAUAAUGUAUAAGAUCCAGAGUAGUGUGAUCAUAUCAACACUUUUGUGCUUGGAAAUUCGAGACGUUGAUAAACCAUUGAAAUCGCAACAUUUCCAACACUCUUUCAUCAAUCACGUAGGCUGUAACACGAAGAUGAAGAUUUUAUGGUUAGUCGCCUUUCUUUUCAUCUGUAAUUCACUGAAAAAAGUGAACGGUAAGUCUGCUCCGAAACUCUACCGAUUUUACUUCGUGCAUGAUGAAGGGCGCAACAUUCCAAUAUGCUUGAACUUUUGUGAAAGGACAAUUCGUGUACGAAACUUGUGUAUAACGUACAUAUGUAUAUAAAUAAACAUUUCAUUUUAAAAUAACGAUGUUUUUUAUACAAUCCAAUGCUUUUGCCUCUAGCGUCGUUUGCAUUCAAUAUGAAUAGAUAGAUAACUCAAAAACUUUGACUUGGUCUCUGCGAUUACUCGUAAAUUAUGUUUGCACUAUCGUGCAAUAGCGAUUUAAAUGUACUUUCAAGUUAUUGACGCAAAAUUGACCCAUUAAAAUUAUAUCAAUGUUUUUGCGCGCGUUUGGCGAGUUGCCGCAGCGUUGAAAGGGGAUGACGAUGAAGAGGUCCGUCGAAAGGUCAAUGUGUUAAGGAAUUUUUCAAGCAAAACACCCGUUUAGGAAUACCAGCAUUCAGAAUUCUAUCCUCGGCGUCGGGAGACUUUUCUAAACCUCUGAUUAUAUUUCGUUGUACCUAUAGGAAAAGAGAUGUUGAAACUGCUUGAAACGUGAUAGAUUGUUCUUUUUUAUGAAGUACAUUCUGAAGUGCCCACGAGCACACUAUGAUGAACAGUUAAGUAGUGCUCACGAGUUGAAACUAAUGCAGGGACAAUGCUAGGUUAACGAAGGCAUGUUUUGUUGGCCCGAUUUAACACCUCGUACGUAAUGAACUAUUUCAUCCAACAACGUGAAAGAUGAUCCACCAUUUACGUCUCCUUAAUCUUCUAGAAGGUUUACACCCAGGUGACCACUGGGAAGUACUUUAAGCGCAUGCGCGCAAGAUUUUGAUUCGAAUUGAUAGCGCUCCAACAAGUUCAUGCAUAAAAUAUACUCCGAUGGUAGAUAAUAGUUCACCGUAGUUGGAGAUAGUUGAAGUCGGAAACACAAUCUUGAAGCUGUAUUUACUCUGAGCCGUUUUUAGCCUACGAUCUGCUUCUGGACUUCACUAGAGGACGCGCCGCUAGAAACCUUAGUGACAAAAUGAUAGGUCAAAGUUGUGUAAUGUUUUUGUCAUACUGCCAGGCAAAGGCAACGAAUACAAUGUAAGCUAUACUGCGAUAUGUGGUACAUAAAAAAAUAGGCGUAUGUAGGAUUGUGACUGUGCAUAGUUUUUUAUUGUCACAAUCAGCCAUACACCUAUUUUUCUACAUACUACAUUUUGCAGUAUGGUAUGACAAAAACAUUAGACAACUUUGACCUUGUCUCUGUGAUCUCUAGAUACUAAUUUGUCACUUACGAUCCUAAUUUGUCAUUUACGUCAAACUUGGACUUGGUAUUGUCUUAUCGUCUUCCGAACUCAUAAUGCAAAAAAUUAAUAUAGAUGAUACAAUUGAACUAUGUAGAUCGAGUUAUUAAAAUACAGAAAGUUCAAAUUUAAA